CGCCAUGCGGGUGCUGGUGGGUGGUGGGACCGGCUUCGUGGGCACAGCCCUGACCCGGUUGCUGCGGAGCCGCGGCCAUGAAGUGACCCACGUCUCUCGGCAGGCGGGCAAGGACCGGAUCAGCUGGGAGCAGCUAUCCCAGUCUGGAUUGCCCCAGUGCGACGCUGUGGUGAACUUGGCUGGUGAAAAUGUCCUCAACCCUUUCCGCAGAUGGGGCGAUGCCUUCUGCAGGGAGAUCAUCAGAAGCCGCGUUGAGACCACCAAGACCUUGGCCAAAGCCAUUGCUGAUGCUGAGCAGCCACCUCAUGCUUGGGUCGUCGUCACCGGCGUAGGCUAUUACCGACCUAGCCCCACAGUGGAAUACACUGAGGACAGUCCUGGGGGGGAUUUUGACUUCUUUUCACGCCUGGUGAGCUCCUGGGAGGCUGCAGCUCUCAUCCCUGGGAGCCCAGCUCGUGGUGUUGUGGUGAGAUCUGGGGUAGUGCUGGGCCAAGGUGGUGGUGCAAUCUCUCAAAUGAUCUGGCCUUUCCGCCUUGGACUAGGAGGCCCAGUGGGCUCUGGGCUCCAGCCCUUCCCAUGGAUCCACAUUCGGGACCUGGCAGGGAUUGUGUGUCAUGCCCUGGAGACUGAGGGUCUCCGAGGUGUCUUCAACGGUGUGUCUCCAACCUCCCCUGCCACCUCCAAUGGCACCUUUGCUCGGGAGCUUGCUGCUGCCCUGGGGCGCCCAGCGCUGCUGCCCAUGCCUGCUUGGGCUGUGCGGGCUGUCUUUGGUGCAGAGCGGGCUGUGAUGCUGCUGGAGGGCCAGAAAGUGGUGCCAAAACACACCCUGGAGAGCGGCUACAGCUUCAUCUUCCCGGACCUGCCAGGAGCACUGAAGGACAUCGUGUCUUGAGGACUCCUCAGCUGGGCUGGGUUGGGCCCGGUUUCUGUGAGCAGCCCCGCUCAUGUGCCUUCCCCUGGGUGAAAGAGGCAAGCCCUGCCCCUGGUUUACUCUUCCCUACUGCCGUACAAAGAUGAGCAAGCUGUUCCCUUUCUGUCUCCCUUUGUGCAUCCCCAGUUUAAGAGUCACCCCUCUUACUGUCAUCUGCAGUCUCCACAGGACUUGCUUUUGGGCAGGGGAAUCAGCCCCUCUGAGGGUUGUGACUGCUGAAUCUGCCAUCUUCCCUUUUCCACUCGUGCUGAUCCCUCAGUAGCUGGCACUUAGUCCUUGCAGCACAAAUACAUGGGAUAGAGUGAGGUUACACAGAGAGCAUUAUGAAAAGCUUUUAUAGGAAGACAGGACACACUGUGGUGAUAAAAUGCUGACUGACUGGUGGAGGGAGAGGCUGUGGAUGUUGUCUACUUGGUCUUCAGUCCAUGACCCAGCUGUGUAGCCCCUUCUCUCUUAAAUGGAGAGAAUUGGUGUCUCAGCCACCAGAGCUUAGAAUGUCUCCAGCUACUGUCCACCUCUGGUCCCUCCAGUAACCAAUGCUUCCAGUUGUCACACAGCUGGUAUAGAGGUCUCUUCACUUAACUCAGCUGCCUGGAUAGUUGCUUACACAUUUACACAGCCUUUCUUGCUCACUGUGCUGGCACCACAGACAGGCCUUCUGUCUCCAGUUACUGCACUCAGCCCCCCCCACACACGCAUGCAUGCAGAAUACAGUGCUCACCCAGGAAGAUAGUUAGCAAUGAAGUUUAAUAAGAAGACAGAAGAGACUGCACUGAGCAAAGGGCAGGGCCAGGCAACUGCACCAACCAGCAUGUGGUUCCUGCCCUGAAUAUCCUAGAAUAAAUCGUGUACAAUCCUG